AGCGCUCGAGGAAGCGGCGGCGAUGCUGGCUGCCUGUUUGCGGGGCGCCGCGCGCGCGGUCCUGCCGGCUGCGGCGCCUCCGCAGCGGGGCCUGCAGCUCUCGGCCCCACUGGGAACAGUCAUUGUGGAGCGUUGGUGGAAGGUGCCCCUGGCCAAAUUAGGGUGUAAGCCUCGGAUCAAGCACCGUAGGUUUCGUGUCUACCGUUUGGUGGAAGACACCAAACACAGCCCAAAGCAGCCACUGGAGCUCAUCCUGACACAGACUGUGGAAGAUGUGGGAAACCGUGGCGAUACCGUCUUUGUGCCCAAGUCAUUUGGUCGCAACCAGCUCCUGGCCCAUAACAAGGCCGUUUAUGCCUCCCCUGAAAACAAGAAAAUCUUUGAGGAGGAAAACCGAUUACGCCUGGAAGGGAAACUGCCAAAACUCCAAACCCACAGCGGCAUAAAGACCGUCCGGUUCCUGCGAAACUGCACCCUCGAGAUCGGCGUCAAUGACUGUGAACAGUGGGAGCUGACCAAGGAGAUUGUGGCCCGCCAUUUCCUCCGCAAUCUCCAGGUUGUGGUGCCCCUGCAUACGCUGAAACUGCCAGACGAGCCCAUUACAAAACUGGGGGAAUACUGGUGUGAAGUUACGGUAAAUGGCAUCGACACUGUCCGGGUCCCCAUGUCAGUGGUGCAAUUUGCGACGCCCGUGAGUGAAAGCUACAGGUCUUGGCUGGCCGGUCAAGAGCUAGAAGCCACACCUGAGCCAUAAUGCAGGAUGCCCUCGGAAGUCCCAAAGGAGAAUUAUGGGAAGCUCUCUCAAAUAGCCAGAAAGAUGGAUACAAGCUAGCUGUAUCUGCAGCUCCAGCAAUGGAGCCCAUUGUCCCAUUUGGGUUUGGACAGAAUUCUCUCUGCAAGCUGGGCUCCUCAUAUUUGAGGAGGGAGGAAGGGAAAUUAUCAGAAGGGAAAAUGUAGUUUUCUCCUGUCGUACACCAUAGAAAAAAAUCACCGUCUCUCACAAAUGGCUUGUCCUCAGGUGGAAGGAUAACUCCAGCACCUGUUCCAUGAUGGUUUCUGCUUCUUUCUCUCCCAAAGAGCAGGACAUUUCCUUGCAAAUAAAAAUGUUUCUGUGU